CAAUUGGCACCCUGGCGAAACAGUUCGGGAAUCGCAUUCAAAGUCGAAACAUCGCGCAGACAGCACGCGCACCAUAUUUCAGUGCUAAUAUCAAUUGCGCGAGAGUGCCGUAGCAGUUCGUAGCGGGUACUACGCGAGACUGUUUCAGUGCUUUACGACUUAACGAAUUAAGUGACGAUCAGCAAUAUGGCAAGUAAGGACACGAACAAUGUAGAGAGCGGAAACGCUGGCCCCGCGCAAGAUGCCGAGGCUCCCGCCCCCGCGCCAGUCCAAAAGCCUGGGACAACCUCCUUCAUCGGUCUAUCAGAGGUGACAGACAACAAGCUGAUAUGGCGACAGUUGAUCGCCGAGCUGGCUGGCACGUUCCUGCUGACGUCCAUCGGUGUCGCUUCCUGCAUCACCAUCGCUGAAAGCAACGUCCCUCAGACCGUCACCAUCGCGCUCUGCUUCGGUCUGCUCGUUGCUUCUAUUGUUCAGGCUAUCGGUCAUGUGUCGGGUGGCCACAUCAAUCCAGCGGUGACGGCAGGUCUCUUCGUCUCUGGGGACAUCAGACUGCUAAAGGCGAUCUUCUACAUCGUGGUGCAGUCGCUGGGAGCCAUCGCCGGAGCUGCUUUCAUCAGGUUGGCUAUCCCUGAAAACAGAGUGGGUGGUUUCGGCUUGACCAAGCCCGGACCUGGAAUUACUGACCCUCAGGCGCUGCUGAUCGAAGCGCUGAUCACGUUCGUGCUGGUGCUGGUGGUGAUGGGCGUGUGCGACGGGCGCCGCGCCGACCUCAAGGGCUCCGCGCCGCUCGCCAUCGGGCUCAGCAUCACCGCCUGCCACGCCGCCGUCAUUCCGUUCACCGGCUCCAGCAUGAACCCCGCCCGCUCCUUCGGACCAGCUCUAGUGUUGGGAGACUGGACCUCGCAUUGGGUGUACUGGGUGGGCCCGCUGAUCGGCGGCGUGGUGGCCGGCGCGCUGUACAGGUUCAUCUUCCGCAUCGGCAAGGCCGGCGAGAGCGGCUCCUACGACUUCUAAGCAGACUCGGUGACCGCACCGACACUCGCGCCGUCUCAUUUGCCUCGCGCAUACUUUGUACAACGAGAUUUUUUUAUAUUAAAAUAUUGUGAAAGAUCGCGCCAUCGGUCUUGUUCGAUGCCAAAUAUUUUGGGUGAUGUAUUGGGAAAAUGUAAAGGAGGCUUUAUUUAUAUACAACAGAGUAUUUAUCUUUUCUUGGUCCCAAGUAUGCGUGAGUCGAAUAUCGAGCUUAUAUUCGAGGCGGGCUUGGUAUAAAUAGAACUGUGUGCUUACCUACUUUGUCAGAAACAUCAGAAACAAAAACAAUAUCUCCGAACCGAUCGACACAAUCUGAUGAACGAUAAGUGACCUGUAGCAUAAUUAAACCUAGGGUAUGUAAGUGUAAGUCUAUUUAUAUUGUGAAUAAACUAUAUCUAAGAUAAUAUUAACGCCGCGGCCGCAGUUUAACCGUUCGUCAAGCGGCGGUCGCGGUCACGUGUUGUAUACAAAAUAACAUGUCCAUACUUGAGUGCCUGUGCCUAUGUGAUUAUGUGAGGAUAAUAUUAAGUUUAUACUUUAAUCAAAUAUCUCACAUGUUAUUAAUAUAAACAUUUUAAUUAUUA